GAGAGGGAGGCAACUUUUCCCCAGAGAGACUUUCAACAACUGGCCGGCAAACAAGAUGAGGGCUGCUCUUCUUCUUCUGCUGCUGUUUUUAGUCACCCUGACUGAUGCUGCAGCCGCAGGGAAAAACAAGAAAGAGAAAAACAAACCCUCCCCAACCGGGUCAGGAUGCACUGACUGGCGCUAUGGCAACUGUGUCCCUAGCAACGGGGACUGCGGAGCAGGGUUUAGAGAGGGGUCAUGUGACCAGCAGACCAAGAGGAUGAAAUGUAAAGUACCAUGCAACUGGAAAAAGGACUUUGGAGCUGACUGCAAGUACCGCUUUGGUAGCUGGGGGGAAUGUGAUCCAGGAACCGACCUGAGGACCAGAUCAGGCACCCUGAAGAAGGCUCUGUUUAACGCCGAGUGCCAACAGACCAUCACCGUCUCCAAACCCUGCCCUGGAAAAACCAAGACAAAAAACAAAGGAAAGAAGAGAAAAGGCAAGGGGAACUAGACAAAGAGACGAGUCUCCAGGGAAGGACGAACGUCUCUAACAAUCAGAAAUAAAAACGAUGUCUGAAACGGUUCAGAGGCUGUUCAGACACCCCAACACUUUGCUUCAUUGCCACGUUUCUUAUGAGUGAUAGUCUGGCUUCUCUAAAAAAAUGGCUUUAUGCAGCAAUAUUUGAAGAAUUUUUCUGUAUCUUUUCACUGCCAAAUCUUUCCUAGAAUAAAUGCAUCUGGGCAUCGACUCCACAAUGGCUUCAUUUGGAACAGAAACUUUUUUAACUUCCAAGUUUUCCGCUUUUUGGUGGCUGAAUCAUUUUGUUAAUCUCGGAUGAGUUGUUUGCAUGCACACAGUGUUUACUUUGACUGUUUCAGCUGAUUCUGGUUUAAACAUUCAGCAAACAGACUAUUUUUAAUAGUUCUAACCAGCUUAGUUAACUGUAGUUUUAACUUGCAGUUUUAGUUUCAUGGAUUUGAUUUGACUGGUUUUACUUUGCUUUAAAUUGUUGGAUUUUCUCUCAUUCUAGAAGUAUU